AAGGACUGUUGUUGCGUUGUCAAGAUGGCUGGGCAUGAUCAUCUGUCUUUGUGUUUAUGCGACUUAAUCAGAUUAUUGUGGUCGUUGAUUUUGCCAUGCAUCUACCUGAGCGUGGUGCUGACGUUGCUACUGGCCGUACUCAUCAUGGGCGUCCGGAUGUGGCUGCAAAAUUGUCGCAAAGCCCAAGCAAUCUCACAGAACGGCGCUCCGACAGUGGCCUUCUUCCAUCCCUAUUGCAACGCCGGGGGAGGCGGGGAGCGGGUGCUCUGGUGCGCCAUCCGAGCCCUCCAGAACAGGUACCCUAACGUGUCUUUCGUGGUGUACACCGGCGAUCAAGGAGUAACAGGGGAGCAGAUCACCGAAGGUGCCCGGCAGCGGUUCAACAUCCGUCUCCCUCGCCCGGUGAACUUCGUCUUCUUGAAAAACCGCACCCUGGUGGAGGCUAGCUCCUACCCGCACUUCACCCUGCUGGGCCAGAGCCUGGGCUCCCUGUUCCUGGGCUGGGAGGCCCUCACGUCCCACGUCCCGGAUGUUUACGUGGACUCCAUGGGCUACGCGUUCACCCUGCCUGUGUUCCGCUACCUGGGAGGAUGCAGGGUGGGCAGCUAUGUUCACUACCCCACCGUCAGCACCGACAUGCUGUCUGUGGUGCGGGACAGGAACCCCAGGUUCAACAACGCAGACUACAUCUCCGCCAACCCUCUGCUGAGCGCAGCCAAGGUGCUGUACUACUGUGCCUUCUCCCUGCUGUACGGCCUGGCCGGCUCCUGCAGCGACGUCAUCAUGGUGAACUCCACCUGGACACUGGGACACAUCCUGGCCCUGUGGCGUGCGCCCGGCCGCACCUCCGUGGUCUACCCUCCCUGCGACGUCCGCACCUUCCUGGACCUUCCUCUGGAGACGGAGGACGACACGGAGGACGGCUGGGAGAACCUGGGACAGGAAGUCGGGGCCGGAGACAGGAAGUGCCAUUCCAUCGUGUCGGUCGGGCAGUUCCGGCCGGAGAAGGACCAUCGCCUGCAGAUCAGGGCGUUCCAGAAGCUUCUGGAAGGGAAGGGGCCGGGGGAGGGGGGGCGGGAGUCGGUGAGGCUGGUGCUGGUCGGAGGGUGUCGGAACCAGGAGGAUGAGGAGAGGGUGCUGGUGCUGAAGGGGCUCUGCCUGGAGCUGGGCGUGGCAGACAGGGUGGAGUUUAAACUGAACGUGUCGUUUGAGGAGCUGAAGAGGGAGCUGGCGGAGGCGACCAUCGGCCUGCACACCAUGUGGAAUGAGCAUUUCGGAAUAGGUGUGGUGGAGUGCAUGGCUGCAGGCACUGUGAUCCUGGCUCACAAGUCUGGGGGGCCCAAGCUGGACAUUGUGGUGCCCUUCGAGGACGGCCAGACUGGUUUUCUAGCUGACAGCGAGGACAGCUACGCCGCCGCCAUGGAAACCAUCCUGGCCCUGUCGCCCGCGGCCAGACUGGAGAUCCGUCAGAACGCCAGGCGGUCGGUCGAGCGCUUCUCAGACCAGGAGUUUGAGGCUUGCUUCCUGUCUGCAAUGGAACCUCUCGUGGGAGUGGCGUUGCGAUGAGGAUGGUCGAUCUGACAUCUCCCCUCUCCACAGACUGUGACCCCCUCAGCCUCUCUCUCUCUCCCUCUCUGGCCUG